AUGGCUGUCGAUAAAGACAACGAUCGAGUUAUCGUGUGUGAUAAUGGAACAGGGUUUGUGAAGUGUGGUUAUGCAGGAUCAAACUUUCCCGAAUACAUUUUCCCAUCUGUUCUCGGCCGGCCAAUUCUCAGGGCGUCCGCGAAGGUGGGGAAUGUCGAAGUGAAGGACCUCAUGAUCGGUGAUGAAGCCAGCGAAUUGCGGUCAAUGCUUGAGCUUUCUUAUCCUAUGGAUAAUGGAAUUGUUAAAAAUUGGGACGACAUGAAGCAGUUAUAUGACUACACAUUCGGUCCAACGAAACUCAAUAUUGACACAAGGCACGCAAAGAUCUUACUUACGGAGCCUCCCUUUAAUCCAAAGCAGAAUCGGUUGAAAAUGAUGGAACUUAUGUUCGACCACUAUGGUUUCAACGCAGUUUAUAUUGCCAUUCAAGCAACACUAACUCUCUACGCUCAGGGUUUAAUGACUGGUGUUGUUGUGGAUUCUGGUGAUGGCGUUACCCAUAUUUGCCCUGUCUACUCUGGACAUACUCUUACACAUCUGACAAAGCGUCUUGAUAUCGCUGGUCGUGAUAUUACACGUUACCUUAUAAAGCUUCUUUUGUUGCGUGGAUAUGCUUUCAACCAGACUGCUGAUUUUGAAACCAUCAGGCAAAUGAAGGAAAAGCUUUGCUACGUUGCUUAUGAUGUACAGCAAGAGCAGAAUCUCGCUCUUGAAACAACCGUUUUGGUUAAGAAAUACACGUUGCCGGAUGGAAGGGUCAUUAAAGUGGGUGGGGAACAAUUCGGAGCCCCGGAGGUGCUGUUUCAGCCUCACUUGAUUGAUAAGGAAAGUGUUGGCAUCUCGGAGAUGCUUUUUAAUACCAUCCAGUCGGCACCGAUCGAUACAAGGCCUGAAUUCUACAAGUACAUCGUUCUAAGUGGCGGUAGUACGAUGUACCCCGGAUUGCCAAGUCGUCUUGAGCGAGAGCUCAAGCAGCUCUACGUCCAAAAUGUUUUGAAAGGGGAUGCGAACGGUCUUGCUCGUGGUGGGAUGUUUCAUGUCCGCAUUAUCAGCUAA